UUUUUUUUCUUUUGGGGGUGGAGGGGGGGGGGGAGUUAUUCGGAAGAUGGCGCCCGUUGUUACGGGGAAGUUUGGUGAGCGACCGCAGCCUCAGCGUUUGACAAGGGAGGCUAUGAGGAAUUACUUGAAGGAGAAGGGUGACCAGACGGUGCUCAUCCUGCACGCCAAAGUCGCACAGAAGUCGUACGGCAAUGAGAAAAGGUUUUUCUGUCCUCCGCCGUGCGUGUACCUGUUGGGCACUGGCUGGCAGAAGAAGCUGGAGAGCAUGGAGAGGGAGGGUUGCACCGAGCAGGACGCUCAGCCGUGUGCGUUCAUUGGGAUUGGCAACAGCGAGCAGGAGAUGCAGCAGCUCAAUCUGGAGGGGAAGCACUUCUGCACGGCCAAGACGCUGUAUAUCAGCGACUCCGAUAAAAGGAAGCACUUCAUGCUGUCUGUGAAGAUGUUGUACGGAAACAGCUCCAACAUAGGAGUCUUCCUCAGCAAGCGGAUCAAGGUCAUCUCCAAGCCGUCCAAGAAGAAACAGUCCUUGAAAAACGCAGAUUUGUGUAUAGCAUCUGGGACGAAGGUGGCCUUGUUUAACCGCCUGCGUUCCCAGACGGUGAGUACCAGGUAUCUGCAUGUGGAGGGGGGCAGUUUUCACGCCAGCUCCCAACAGUGGGGCGCCUUCUACAUCCACCUCCUGGACGAUGAGGAGUCUGAAGGAGAGGAGUUUGCUGUAAGAGACGGCUACAUCCACUACGGCCAGACGGUCAAACUGGUUUGCUCUGUGACCGGCAUGGCCCUGCCCAGACUGGUCAUUCGCAAAGUGGACAAGCAGUCCGCGCUGCUGGAGGCAGACGACCCAGUGUCCCAGCUUCACAAGUGUGCCUUCUACCUGAAAGACACGGACCGGAUGUAUCUCUGUCUCUCGCAGGAGAGGAUCAUCCAGUUCCAGGCCACACCGUGCUCCAAAGAGACUAACAAGGAUAUUGUUAAUGAUGGAGCCUCCUGGACUAUCAUUAGCACUGACAAAGCUGAGUACACCUUCUACGAAGGCAUGGGCCCCGUCCCAACACCAGUCACCCCCGUCCCUGUGGUGGAAAGUCUGCAGUUAAAUGGCGGAGGAGACGUGGCCAUGCUGGAGCUGACGGGACAGAACUUCACCCCUAAACUCAGAGUGUGGUUCGGGGACGUGGAGGCGGACACCUUGUACAGAUGCGGGGAGAUCAUCCUGUGUGUGGUGCCGGACAUCUCUGCCUUCAGGGAGGGGUGGCGCUGGGUGAGGCAGCCGGUCCAGGUCCCCGUCACACUCGUCCGCAACGACGGGAUCAUCUACUCCACCGCCCUGACGUUCACCUACACCCCUGAACCGGGGCCCCGUCCUCACUGCAGCGCUGCCGGGGCCAUUCUGCGGACGCACAGCACCUCUUCAUCAUCGCCAGUGUCUUCAUCCACGCCUUCGUCCUCGCUGGGCGGCCUAGGGGACGGCCACGGGGCUUACGGCAGUAUUGACUCAGGCAUAUCCUCGUCUGCGUCAUCUAUGUCGGUCCUGUCAUAGUAGCGUUAGUUAAAUGUGUGUGUGUGUGUGUGCGUGCAAUGAAUGACUGAGUGUAAAGCUGUUGGCAUGUACUCCAAAGAGGCCCAUGGACCCGGGGAAGAACUGCAAAGAAGCAUUUCAAUGAGGCAACUGUGAAAUCAAGAGAAAUGCUUGAGAGUUGGAAAAAAAAAAGACAAGCUCUGACUUGUGAUAAUUGACCCUUUACUUUAGCGCCCUCUUGUGGACACCUUUGGACAUGUCAUAAUCCCCAAUCUGAGGAACUUGUUUGCCUUGAUCUUCACCUACAACAAAAAAAAAAAACAACCUUGUGUAUGACAUCUUAACUCUCACAGCAAUGACAUUUGUACAAUAACAUUUUUUUUUAUACACUCGAGGGUUUGGAAGCUACUUUUUACUCUGCUUUCUUACUACCAUGGUCAAAUAUUCUUAUUGAAAAACACGUUGAUCUAACGAUUGUGAGCAAGGGAAAUUUUUUUAAGAGUAACAUAGUUUUUAUGGACCAAGGAAUAUUAUUAUAUUAUUUUAUUCAUAUUAUAUUUUAUAAGCUUUUUGCUGAGGUACAUUUUGACAUGGUGUUUUUUUGUAUGAUACUGCAUAGUAACUUCACUUUACCAAAUAGUUUGUGAUGCUGUCAGCUCCUGAAAUGGUGAAGGUGGACAACGACGUCUCCAUAUGUCUCCUCACCUUUUUUUUUUUUUUUAAAUGCCUACUGACUUAAUAGUGAUCAACCUUUUAACAAUGAAAAAAUCUGUCUUUGUUUUUAAGGUGGUGCCUUAGAGAAAAAAGACGGUUAUUUGCGUGCUCCUCGAGGCCACUGACCAGUUUCUUAUUUCACUUCCCGUAAAAGAUCACACUUUUGAUGAGCAUAAGAGAGAACGUGUGAGUUUGGGAGUACGCAUCAGGGCGUUCUGCUUUCUAAUCAGUAUGCUCUUCUUGUGCUAAAACUCAAAUCUGAACUUAAUCAGCCUCUCUUGUGAGCGUAGCUAUGAACGCAGCAGUGUUUCUCUUCCCGAGCAAGUGCCUCCUUUGAACAAAAAAAAAAAAACAUGGGUUUCUGUUCUCCUGGGUGUAUUCGCACAACCCAGAAGACAUUGAAGGAAUGUCAAAGCUGUAAUUCAGAGGGGCUUUGAAGUUUUCUUUUGAUACUGUGCCUAUGUGUUCGGAAGCAGAGCUUUACUACCAUCUUUGCCUUGUAGCGAUUUCUUAGUAAUCCCACCCUGGUAAUGACCGGGGUUGACUUUUUCUGAAGCUGAAGUUUUGUCAAACAUGACCUCUGGCUGCAAAUGUGGUCGGCCGUGAAUGUGUUUUUAGGUCAUACUGUAUGUGAUGAGGUACCAACAUCAGCUCAGAGUAAAAACAAAAAAAAAACAAAAAAAA